AUGAUUACUACACCAAAACCUAUUUUUUAUAAAUCAAUUUCUACCAAUGAAGAAUGUCAUUCUACAGAAAAUAUUGAACAGGGUAUAAAACUUACAAUGGAACAAGCAGGCGUUGAUAAAUUUGCAACUGUCAUUACUGACAAUGCUCUUAAUAUGAAAGCU